AUGGGCAAAGCACGCGGCGGCACUUGCACUCUUGCCGCCUCAGACCCACCAGAAACCACCCUCCACCGCACAAACUACCUCCUUGAGCAUGGCUUUGGGUGCUACAAUGUUUUCAAGAACAAUUGUGUAGACUUUGCUUUAUACUGUAAAACGGGCCUUCUCGUUUCGGAUAAAAAGUCAACAAGUCAAAGCGGACAUACAACAUCAUCCUUCAUUGGUGGAUCCCUAAUGGGUGUCGUUUCUGUUUUGUUUAAGGUUGCGAAGACAACAUCGGGUGUGGUAUCGGUGCAGCUAUGUAUUAUGUUAGUCGCUAUACGUAUGAUUUUGGUGUAA